AUUAUAAUAAAAGUUCAAGUUACCAAAAAAGAAAUACUCUGCCUUCUUAUCUCCUCUUUCUUCUUCUUCCUUCUUCUCUAUCAAACUAGAUCUUGAACUAAGAAGUCAAGCUUACUAGUCUUCGAUUCAUAUCUGUUCUUCACACAAAAAUAAAGAUGACAUCAAGAGAAUUCGAUGAAGAAGAGACUCAAGCAAAGAAAGAAAGAGAUCAUAAUCAUCAGCUUAAUUUAAAUAACAUGUUGCAGCAGCAGAAUCAGCCGAGUUCAGCACCAACAUCGAGGCAGUGGACCUCAGCUUUCAGGAAUCCAAGAAUCGUACGAGUUUCAAGAACGUUUGGUGGCAAAGACAGACACAGCAAAGUCUGCACAGUUCGUGGCCUUAGAGACCGGAGGAUAAGGUUGUCCGUACCAACAGCUAUUCAGGUCUAUGACCUACAAGAUCGAUUAGGGCUGAGUCAGCCAAGCAAAGUCAUUGAUUGGUUACUCGAAGCAGCAAAAGAUGACGUCGACGAGCUCCCUCCUUUACAAUUCCCACAAGGUUUUAACCAAAUGUAUCCAAGUCUCAUCUUCGGAGAAUCAUCAUCAACCUCAGCAGCAUCAGCAUUUCCAGGGACCAAUUUAGGGUUCUUGGAAAGUUGGAAUAUUGGUGGCUCUUCUUCAAGAACAAGAUCAAGAAUUGCGGAUACUACUCCGAGAGAGAGUUUUGAUCUUGAUAAAGGGAAAUGGGUCAAACAAGAUGAGAAUAGUAAUCAAGAUCAUGGUUUCAACACCAGUCAACAACAUUUCUCUCUGACCAAUCUUUACAACAACAACAACAACGCUUCCUCUUACUACAACCUUGGACAUGUUCAACAUUCGCUAGACCAACCCGGUAAUAACGUUACUGUCGCAAUAUCCAAUGUUCCUUAUAAUAAUAAUCUCAAUUUGCCUCCUCCUCCGACAAUGAGCUCCUUAUUUCCGACUUAUCCUUCGUUCCUCGGAGCAUCUCAUCAUGUCGUUGAUGGAGCUGGGAAUCUUCAACUCUUUAGCUCCAAUGCCAAUCGCAACAACAGAUGAUGACGGGUAACUCGACUUUGAUUAGACCGUUUUCAUCAUUGGGUGAGGUUGAAUCCUAAUAUAUGGAUCGUCGUAGUAGUGACAAUGAUCCAGACUCGUGAAACAUUCAUAAGAUGUACUAUACAUAUGUUAUAUGACUAUGUAUUCUUAUAUAUUAUAGUAUUUAUAUAUUUUCGUACUGUUGGAUUGGUUUAUAUAAAUUCCCCUUGUAUGUAUCU